GGCAAUACUGUUUACUUGUUGAGUGCUAUUUUAUUUUAUUUCUGAUUCGCUAUGUAUGAGUAAUGUAACUCUUUACGUAUCUGUUUUAGUAAAACUAGUGUACAGAAAAGUGUGUACAUCUGUUAGUUUAUAGUGGAUGGAGUUAAUUUUUCAGUGUGUGUAGCCGCAUGUGAAGUAAAAUGUCCGAAGACGUGUCUUAUGUUUCGGUUUGCCAUUUCACGAGUGAUGCUUUAAACAUUUUAAACCGUUUGAAUACAAGGAGAUUGUUCCCCAGCUAUGGACCGGGAAAACUGCCCAGAGAUUGGAGAGGCUUAGCAAACUUAGUAGGAAUAACAGCCCAAGAUGCAGACAGCAGACAUGAGAACAUGGUGAAGUGGAUCCUGGAGACGUGGCUCCGGAAUGAGAAGGAGGCUGCGAUGGUGCACCAGCUGCUCCGGCACUUGGAGACUAUUGACAGAUAUGACAUCAGGGACGAUCUGCAGAACCUGGCUAAUGCUAACAGACUUGUGAAUACAGGACAAAAAUGGACAAUAGAAAAUCAAAUUGUGCCCCACUGUCCUGUACCGGAGGACCAGCUCCUGACCAUGGACGAUGUGGACCAGGGGGCUCCGGUGGAGUAUGACGCCUUGGUGCUGUAUGCUGCUGACGACCAGGAGUUUGUUGAUGUCAUGAUCAGAAAUAUGUCAGAGAUCGGAUUCAAAUUAUUCACAAAGCACAGCCUGCGCCCCGGCGCGAUCCCCUACGGGCCGAUGACUGAGCUGAUCAGUUCUCGAUGUCGGCACACCAUACUGGUCUAUUCCCCCGUUUUCUUCCAGAGUCUAGACGAUCGCUUCUACACGGAAUAUGUGCACGCUAGAAACAUAGAGAAGAAGCACACGCUUAUUCCGUGCGUGUACCGCGAGUGCACGCCGCCGCCGCAGUUCCGCUACCUGUUCGCGCUGUACGUGCACACCACGGCCUACAACUUCUGGGACCGUCUCGCGAGGACAGUCGACGGCGGCCGCACGCCUCGGCUGCUCCCUCCAAACCCUACUAACUCCGUGCGAAUCCAAGAGGUGACAAGCGGCAGCCAACUCCGGCUGAACGGUAGCCAACUGAAGAUCACCAAUGGAUCCAUCCCCAACGAUCAGCCCGCACCUGCCAUCCAGGUCAACGGUCAGCCCCACCAGUAUGUAACUCAACCCAGCACUACCAGCCAGGCUAGCAUCCCUAGUAGCCCUUCAGGUCGCGUGUCUCCACACACCACAACCACUAUAGCCUUACCCGACGUGCCGUCAGCGUCCCUAUCCGUCUCAGUCACUUCCCUGUCUUCGCUAGACUCGCGGAGAACGGAAAGCGCAUCGCUCAACGACCUAAGCACGAAAAAGAAGAAGAGCUUCCUGAAAAAGUUGUUGAAGUUCCCUAAAAAAAAGAAGGAGGUGUUGCUCACUACGAACUGAGUGCUAAGACUGUGUUAAUUUAAAAAUUUCAUGCGUGCUAUGUCGCUGAUUUAGUUAUUGGAAAUCAUGAAAUGUACUUUUUCAGACUGGACACGAAACUAUUUUAUACAUACAGUGCCUUAAACGUUUUAAAGACGAUUAUAGAACACUAAUUUGUUAACAUAGGGCAGGGUAGUUUACCUUAUAUGAAUACAUCACAGCUACAUUUACAUAUAUGGUGCUCCUGUCCAUUGGAUACGAGUACCCGCCUGCCUGUAUUAAGUUCACAGGAUUUUUUUUAUAUAUAUUAAGGACGUUUUUUAAACAACUGAUUACAAUUUGAAUUAAGAAAUCGAGCACAAUUUUUUACAAUUACAAAUAAAUGAAAUUAACAGACUACAGAUGUAGUGCGAAAAGGGUUUUCUUCGUAUUUUUCCGGGAACGUUCGUAUUUGUCAUGCUAGUUCAGUCAAUGU